GCUCUCUCCCGUUCCCGGUGCCGUUCCCGUUCCCGAUCCCGGUGCCGCUCCCGGUGCCGCCAAUGCAGCGGGAGGUGGGCUCGCUGCCGCUGUCCCCCGCCUUGCGGGCCCGCCUGGCCGCCGCCGGCUUCCAGACGGCGCAGGAGCUGCUGGAGACCGGCCCCUGCGGCCUGAGCAAAGAAAUCGGAAUUUCCAAGGAAGAGGCUCUGGAAGCCCUGCAGGUGGUGAGGCAGGAAUGUCACGGGGAUGCAGCAAGGACUGCUGGGGGGUCAGGCACCACCAGAAAGUUCACAGCCCUGGAGCUUCUGGAGGAAGAGCAAGCCCAGGGCUUCAUCAUCACCUUCUGCUCAGCACUGGACAACAUCCUGGGAGGGGGUGUGCAGCUGACAAAAAUCACCGAGGUCUGCGGAGCGCCCGGCGUGGGGAAAACACAGCUGUGUAUGCAGCUGGCAGUAGACGUGCAGAUCCCGGAAUGCUUUGGGGGCGUCGCUGGGGAAGCUGUGUUCAUCGACACCGAGGGGAGUUUCAUGGUAGACAGAGUGGUGGAUAUUGCAGCUGCCUGUGUGCAGCACUGCCAGCUCAUUGCUGAGGCUCAGCAAGAGGAAGAUCAUCUGAAAGCUUUGGAGACCUUCUCUCUUGAAAGUAUCCUUUCCCACAUAUAUUACUUCCGUUGUCGUGACUACACAGAGCUCCUUGCCCAGGUCUACCUCCUCCCAGAGUUCCUCUCAGAGCAUUCCAAGGUCCGACUGGUGGUGAUUGAUGGAAUUGCCUUUCCUUUCCGCCACGACUUUGAGGACCUGUCGCUGCGGACAAGGCUGCUGAACGGCCUGGCACAGCAGCUCAUCAUCACAGCCAACGACUACAAAGCAGCGGUGGUUCUGACAAACCAAAUGACAACAAGAAUCGGGCAAAGCCAGUCCACGUUGGUACCUGCUCUGGGAGAAAGCUGGGGACACGCUGCCACCGUCCGUUUAAUCCUUCACUGGGACAACAGUCAGAGGUUGGCAACGUUGUACAAAUCACCGAGUCAGAGGGAGGCAACCAUCCCCUAUGACAUCACACCUCAUGGCUUCCGAGAUGUGCAGCCUCCAGCUGUCGCUCAGAACGCGGCAGGGACUGAAAUGAACCCUCGGAAGCGGCCGCGGAGGGAGGAGGAGGAGGAGAAGCAGCAGCGAUUCCAAAGUUGAAUGUUAAAAGAGCUACAGGAGAGCAGUUGCAUGGUAAAUGGCAGCCUGAGAGACUCUCAACUUCAGUUCCUGCUCUGGAUGUUAUUUUAACAUGAAGACUGCAGUAUGCAAAUUUCUGAGGCAGAAAAUUCCUUUGUGUAUGGCAUAGUUUUAAUUUUAUAAUAAAAAUCUAUGUUUUCUAUUA